AUGGCGAACAACAAAUCAACAACAUCUAUUGAAACCAAUACACAAGCUGAUGCUAAAUACGUAUCAAACUUUUCCAAAGAUGUAGUUGCAAAUCGGCGUAUGAACAUGCAAAGAAUGCAAAAUGUCCUCCUCAUUUGGUUAGAUAACAAUAUUAAUGACAAUAAUGAUGAUUGUAGUAAUACAAUCAAACAAUUAAAACGUGUUGUUAACAACAUAAACACGUUUACAGAUGGUGAACAAUGUGUUCACUUUAUUCAAACCAUUAACAACAACAAAAUAUGUAUGAUUAUUUCUGGUUCACUGGGAAAACAUAUUGUGCCUCAUGUGCAUGAUAUGCCCCAAGUAGAUACCAUUUUUAUAUUUUGUAGCAACCGAGAAUGGCAUGAACAAUGGACUAAAGAAUGGCCUAAAAUAAAAGGAGUCUUCACAGAUAUAACAUCAAUCUGUGGAGCUCUUAAACAAGCUGCUCAACAAUGUGAACAAAAUGCCACAUCAAUCAGCUUUGUGGUAUUAAACAAGAAACUGGAUCAAUUAGAUCCAACCUUUAUGUAUACUCAGAUCUUGAAAGAGAUCUUAUUAACCAUCAGCUUCGAAGAUAAACAUUUCAAGGAUUUUAUUACUUAUUGUCGUGAAGUAUAUGAAGAUGAUGAAAAUGAAUUAAAAAAGGUUAAUCAAUUACAAACAACAUACAAAAACAACAUACCUAUAUGGUGGUAUACAUGGGAUGCAUUUUUAUAUCGUAUGCUCAAUCAAGCAUUAAGAUCCAUGAAUGUUGAUAUAAUUAUUCGAAUGGGUUUCUUUAUUAAUGAUCUACAUUGUGAUAUUCAACGACUACAUUCAGAACAAUUCGAUGGGCAUCUGUCAGGUACAACAUUUACAGUUUAUCGUGGGCAAGGUCUUUCGAAAAAAGAUUUCACCAAAAUGACAAAAACUAAAGAUGGACUUCUUUCAUUUAAUAACUUUUUAUCAACUAGUAAAAGUCGUAACGUUUCUCUUAAUUUUGCACAACAAGCUGCUACAAAUCCUGAUCUUGUUGGAAUUCUAUUUGUUAUAUCGAUUAAUCCUACUCAUUCAACAACCCCAUUUGCUUCUGUUAGUGAUGUUAGUUAUUUUCAUACAGAAGAUGAAGUUCUCUUUUCUAUGCAUACCAUUUUCCGCAUUGGAGAUAUUGAACCAAUGGAUGGAAAUAAUCAUCUUUAUCAAGUGAACCUAACAUUGACCAAAGACAACGAUCGAGACCUUCGUACUCUUACUGAUAGUAUCCGAGAAGAGACCUUUCCACAUGUCGAAGGAUGGGAGAGAUUAGGAUUAUUGCUAAUUAAAACGGGUCAGUCUAACAAGGCUCAGGAAGUUUAUGAAAUUUUACUUCAUCAAACAACAGACCAAAGUGGCAAGGCACCUAUUUAUAUUCAACUAGGUUCGAUCAGAGAUGAUCAAGGAGAAUAUCAAGAAGCACUUACAUAUUAUGAAAAAGCCCUUGUAAUUUAA